GGCGGGAGACAGCAUCAGUAGCAUCGGGAGCUGCAGGAAGCAUCGGCCUCUACAAAGAUGACUUGGCAACAAGUCCUUCUCCUGUCCUGCCUCUCAGCUAUGGUGCUCCUGUCUAUGCUGCGGGAGGGGACCAGUGCAUCAGUGGGCAGCCCGCAGGCAGCAGGAGAAGCAGCCCAGGAAGGUGUGAAACAGAAGAUUUUCAUGCAGGAAUCGGAUGCCUCAAAUUUCCUCAAGAGGCGCAGCAAGCGGUCCCCCAAAUCCCGAGAUGAGGUCAAUGCGGAAAACAGGCAGAAGUUGCGGGCUGAUGAGCUGCGGAGGGAAUAUUACGAGGAACAAAGGAACGAAUUUGAGAACUUUGUGGAGGAACAGAAGGAUGAACAGGAAGAGAGGAGCCGGGAGGCUGUGGAACAGUGGCGGCAGUGGCAUUAUGAUGGGUUGUACCCUUCCUAUCUCUACAACCGCCACCACAUCUGACCCCAUCCUGAAGCAACCCAGGAAGACAUCCUGACACACAGCUGUUCACCCCAGGUGUACCAGAACCUCUCUCCACACAAAUGCUCUUAUGGACCUCAGCUUAGGGUCUGCUGUGGUCAACAACCCUGGUAAAUACACAUGCCUUUCAUUCUGAUGCAUUAAAUGCCCCAGCUUUUGCUUCUUGGUGGAUGAUUUUCUAUGGUGAACAACCGCCUGUGGCUCAUCCUAAUCCCAAAUCUUCAUUGCUUUUCCCUCAUUUAGUCAUUGUUCCCAAAGCAGAACUCCUAUCUGAAGGACAGGAGAAUCACAGCAAAGAGAAAUUUUGUUUGCUUACAGCCUUCAAAUAAAA